GAGCGGGUAUAAGGUUUUGGGGUGAAUUCCAGUCCGAACCCCUCACCAGAAAUAAUCGCAGCAGCAGCAGCUUAUUUUUUCAAAAAAAAAAAAAAAGAAAAAGAAAGAAAGAUGUCGGUAAUGUUAGUAACAAGUUUGGGGGAAAUCGUCAUUGAUUUAUACACAGAUCGUUGCCCUCUCACCUGCAAAAAUUUCUUAAAACUCUGCAAGAUUAAAUAUUACAAUGGCUGCUUAUUUCACACGGUUCAGAAGGAUUUCACCGCACAGACUGGAGAUCCUACCGGAACUGGUACCAGUGGUGAUUCUGUUUACAAAAAGUUGUAUGGCGAUCAAGCUCGGUUUUUCGGUGAUGAGAUUCAUUUGGAUCUAAAGCAUACAAAGAUGGGGACGGUUGCCAUGGCCAGUGGAGGAGAGAAUCUCAAUGCUUCUCAGUUUUACAUUACGCUGCGUGAUGAUCUUGACUACCUUGAUGGCAAACACACAGUGUUUGGGGAGGUGGCUGAAGGGCUUGAAACGCUUAGCAGGAUAAAUGAAGCAUAUGUAGAUGGGAAGAACAGACCAUAUAAAAACAUACGCAUCAAGCACACUUAUAUACUAGAAGAUCCCUUUGAGGAUCCUCCACAACUAAGUGAGCAUAUUCCGGAUGCUUCCCCUGAAGGAAAGCCAAAAGAUGAGGUUGAUGAUGAGGUGCGGCUUGAAGACGACUGGGUGCCCAUAGAUGAAAAAUUAGAUGCAAAGGAAGUUCAGGAGCUAAUUCGUGAGAAGGAAGCACAUUCCAGAGCUGUUGUGCUUGAAUCUGUAGGGGACAUUCCCUCUGCUGAUAUAAAGCCUCCUGAUAACGUGCUCUUUGUAUGCAAACUAAACCCAGUAACUGAAGAUGAGGAUCUGAACACUAUCUUUUCAAGGUUUGGAACAGUUACAUCAGCUGAAAUAAUUCGUGACUUCAAAACUGGAGACAGCUUAUGCUAUGCCUUUAUUGAGUUCGAAGACAAAGCAGCCUGUGAGCAAGCAUACUACAAGAUGGAUAAUACUUUGAUAGAUGAUCGAAGGAUACAUGUCGAUUUCAGUCAAAGCGUUUCAAAAUUAUGGAACCAAACCAUGCGUAAAGGCAAUCAAGCCAGACCAGGUGGUAAAGGUUGCUUUAAAUGUGGUUCCCUUGAUCAUAUUGCAAGGGACUGUAAUGGGAGCCCUGAUGCCCAGCAACCUCCAAAAUACGUCUUGAAGGAUGAUGGUUUCAAUAAUAUAGGUGGCAAUGGUAGCUCAAGGUAUGACAUGGUAUUUGAUAAGGACACCCAUGCAAGUCCACAAGGAAAGAAGCAACCGAGACACCAUGAGGUGGAUAACCGUCAUGAACGAAAAGUGAGCCAUCAGGCCACAGAUGAAAUGAAGCACAAUGAUUACAAAUAUAAAAAUGAAAAGAAGCACGAUGAUAAUAGAUGUAAAGAUCACGUGGAUGAGCGAAAAAGAUAUGGUGAAGAUGAGAAUGACCGGAAAAAGGGUGAUCGAAGAAAUGACAGAAAUCUACGUGCAGAUGACCGUGGGCAUAAGAGGAGUAGGGGGGAAGACCAUGAUCGCAUGAAAAGCAGCAGAAGAUAUGAUGAUAGAGAUCGUAGUAGAAGGGACAGGGACUGAGUUAUACGAGUAUUUGAUUUCAUAGGGAAGGAAGCGAGAUGAAAUUUUUUUGCUUUGUAGCCAUUAUAUUACUAUCCCGGAUCUUUGUGGCAGGAAUAUACUUGCCUUUUAUCAAACUUUUGACCGAGGAUCGAACUGUUAGACCAAUGACCUGCUUUAGUCAAGGUUGUGAAACUCGACCGAUACACCCGAUUUCUCAAAAUCGAAUCGUGUAUUGGCGGGUUGACGAUACGAUUUUGUUAGAUUCGGACUAAAAAUCGGUCAUGAACUCGGGUCGACUUGGUCAAGACUCGGGUGUGUCGGUUAAGACUCGGUUAACAUAAAGUGAAACUUUUUGUUUUCUUUUUA